GCGGGGCUGUGCGGCCGCUGGCCCCAGCAGGUGACCGCGGGCGGGCGGGCUGGCGGGCGAGCGGGAGGCGCGGGCGUGCGGGACCCCGGGCACGAGCGAGGCGGGACGGCGCGGCGGAGACGCGGCCGCGCGCGCCAAAGUCGCCCAAGUUUUGCCGGAACAUGGCGGAAGAGUCCGACAGGAGCAGCAGCGCUCCGAGCGCGAGUAGCUACAGCCGCUAACGCCGCGGGGCGAGGUCGUCGCCAUGGCCCGCUGGAUCCCGACCAAGAGGCAGAAGUACGGGGUUGCCAUCUAUAACUACAACGCGUCUCAAGAUGUGGAACUCUCCUUGCAGAUCGGCGACACCGUCCACAUCCUGGAGAUGUAUGAGGGCUGGUUCAGAGGAUACGCUCUCCAGAACAAAUCCAAAAAGGGUAUUUUCCCCGAAACAUACAUCCAUUUGAAAGAAGCAACCGUGGAAGAUGGAGGGCAGCAUGAAACUGUGAUUCCUGGGGAGUUGCCACUGGUUCAGGAACUCACAAAUACUCUACGAGAAUGGGCUGUCAUCUGGCGCAAGCUCUAUGUGAACAACAAGGUCACACUCUUCCGCCAGCUGCAGCAAAUGACAUACAGUCUGAUCGAGUGGCGCUCCCAGAUCCUGUCUGGGACACUCCCCAAAGAUGAACUAGCAGAGCUGAAGAAGAAGGUCACAGCCAAAAUUGAUCAUGGGAACAGAAUGCUUGGACUCGAUCUGGUUGUGCGUGAUGACAAUGGAAACAUCUUGGAUCCGGAUGACACCAGCACUAUUGCCCUCUUCAAGGCCCAUGAAGUUGCUUCUAAAAGGAUAGAAGAAAAGAUCCAAGAGGAGAAGAGCAUUCUGCAGAACCUGGACUUGAGAGGCCAGGCAGUCUUCAAUACUGUCCACACCUAUGGUCUCUAUGUGAACUUCAAGAACUUUGUCUGUAACAUCGGCGAGGAUGCGGAGCUGUUCAUGGCCCUGUAUGACCCGGACCAGUCCACCUUCAUCAGUGAGAACUACCUAAUUCGCUGGGGCAGUAACGGGAUGCCCAAGGAGAUAGAGAAGCUGAAUAACCUCCAAGCUGUGUUCACCGACCUCAGCAGCACGGACCUCAUCCGGCCACGCAUCAGCCUCGUGUGCCAGAUUGUCCGGGUGGGCCGCAUGGAGCUGAAGGAGGGCAAAAAGCACACCUGUGGGCUCCGGAGACCGUUCGGCGUAGCAGUGAUGGACAUUACUGAUAUCAUACAUGGGAAGGUGGACGAUGAAGAGAAGCAGCACUUUAUUCCCUUUCAGCAAAUUGCCAUGGAAACCUACAUCCGCCAGAGACAGCUUAUCAUGUCACCCUUGAUAACCUCACACGUGAUUGGAGAGAACGAGCCACUCACUUCGGUUUUAAAUAAAGUGAUAGCGGCAAAGGAAGUGAAUCACAAAGGACAAGGUCUUUGGGUAUCCUUAAAGUUACUGCCAGGUGACCUCACACAGGUUCAGAAGAACUUUUCACACCUGGUGGACCGAUGCACAGCCAUCGCUCGGAAAAUGGGCUUUCCAGAAAUAAUCCUGCCAGGGGAUGUCCGAAAUGAUAUUUACGUCACCCUGAUCCACGGGGAGUUUGACAAGGGGAAGAAGAAGACACCUAAGAACGUGGAGGUGACCAUGUCUGUGUUUGAUGAAGACGGCAGCCUUUUGGAGAAAGCCAUUCAUCCCGGUGCUGGCUACGAAGGCGUCUCGGAGUACAAGUCAGUGGUGUAUUACCAAGUCAAGCAGCCUUGUUGGUACGAGACUGUCAAGGUCUUCAUUGCCAUAGAGGAGGUCACACGCUGCCACAUCAGGUUCACCUUCCGACACAGAUCAUCUCAAGAAUCCAGAGAUAAAUCAGAGCGAGCUUUUGGGGUGGCCUUUGUGAAACUGAUGAACACGGACGGCACCACCCUGCGGGACGGGAGGCAUGAUCUGGUGGUAUACAAGGGUGAUAACAAGAAAAUGGAAGAUGCUAAAUACUAUCUGACCCUGCCUGGGACCAAAGCAGAGAUGGAAGAGAAAGAACUCCAGGCAUCCAAGAACCCAUCCGUCUUCACACCCAGCAAGGACAGCACGAAGGACAGCUUCCAGAUCGCCACACUCAUCUGCUCCACAAAGCUCACUCAGAACGUGGACCUGCUCGGCUUGUUAAACUGGCGCUCCAACUCUCAGAACAUUAAACACAACCUGAAGAAGCUGAUGGAAGUGGAGGGAGGAGAGAUUGUUAAGUUUUUACAGGAUACCCUCGAUGCACUUUUUAACAUCAUGAUGGAAAUGUCAGACAACGAAACCUACGACUUCCUUGUGUUUGAUGCAUUGGUCUUCAUCAUCUCGCUGAUAGGGGACAUCAAGUUUCAGCAUUUUAACCCUGUACUCGAGACCUACAUAUACAAGCACUUCAGCGCCACCCUGGCACACGUGAAACUCUCCAAGGUACUGAACUUUUACGUGGCUAACGCUGAUGACCCUAGCAAGACGGAAUUGCUCUUUGCUGCUUUGAAAGCCUUGAAGUACCUGUUUCGUUUCAUCAUCCAGUCACGAGUGCUCUACUUGAGAUUUUACGGUCAGAGCGAAGAUGGAGAUGAAUUUAACAACUCGAUCCGCCAGUUGUUUCUGGCUUUCAACACGCUGAUGGACAGACCGCUAGAGGAAGCUGUCAAGAUCAAGGGAGCAGCUUUGAAAUAUCUCCCUAGUAUAAUUAAUGAUGUCAAACUGGUGUUCGAUCCCAUGGAGCUCAGUGUGCUUUUCUGCAAAUUCAUUCAGAGCAUUCCCGACAACCAGCUGGUCCGGCAGAAGCUGAACUGCAUGACCAAGAUAGUGGAGAGCAGCCUUUUCCAGCAGCCAGAGUGCAGGGAGGUGCUACUGCCACUGCUGACUGACCAGCUCAGUGGCCAGCUGGACGACCACUCGAGCAAACCCGACCACGAGGCAAGCGCCCAGCUUCUAAGCAACAUCCUAGAGGUCCUGGACAGGAAGGAUGUGGGCCCCACGUCAGCACACGUGCAGCUGAUCAUGGAGAGGCUGCUGAGAAGGAUCAACCGGACCGUGAUUGGGAUGAGCCGGCAGUCCCCCCACAUUGGCAGCUUUGUGGCUUGCAUGAUUGCCAUCUUACGACAGAUGGAGGACAGCCACUACAGCCACUACAUCAGCACCUUCAAAACCAGACAGGACAUCAUUGACUUCCUCAUGGAAACCUUCAUUAUGUUUAAGGAUCUGAUUGGGAAGAAUGUGUAUGCCAAAGAUUGGAUGGUCAUGAACAUGACACAGAGCAGGGUUUUCCUCCGUGCCAUCAAUCAGUUUGCUGAAGUUCUCACCAAGAGCUUCAUGGACCAGGCAAGCUUCGAGCUUCAGCUCUGGAACAAUUACUUCCAUUUGGCUGUAGCUUUUCUCACCCAUGAGUCCCUCCAGCUUGAAACCUUCUCAGAAGCCAAACGCAACAAAAUUGUUAAAAAAUAUGGGGACAUGAGGAAGGAAAUUGGCUUUAGGAUCCGCGACAUGUGGUAUAAUCUGGGGCCUCACAAAAUCAAAUUCAUACCAUCCAUGGUGGGUCCCAUUCUGGAAGUCACUCUGACCCCUGAAGUGGAGCUCCGGAAAGCCACCAUCCCCAUUUUCUUCGAUAUGAUGCAGUGUGAGUUCAAUUUGAGCGGCAACGGCAACUUCCAUAUGUUUGAGAACGAGCUGAUCACAAAGCUGGACCAGGAGGUGGAAGGUGGCCGAGGAGACGAACAAUACAAGGUUCUUCUGGAGAAGCUACUCUUGGAGCAUUGCCGGAAACAUAAAUACCUCUCGAGCUCCGGGGAGGUCUUUGCUCUCCUGGUCAGCAGCCUCUUGGAGAACUUGCUGGACUACAGAACCAUCAUCAUGCAUGACGAGAGUAAGGAGAACCGCAUGAGCUGUACCGUAAACGUUCUGAAUUUUUAUAAAGAAAAGAAGCGAGAGGACAUAUACAUAAGGUACUUGUACAAGCUUCGAGAUUUGCACAGAGACUGUGAGAACUACACAGAGGCUGCCUACACGCUCCUCUUGCACGCUGAGCUUCUGCAGUGGUCGGACAAGCCCUGCGUGCCCCAUUUGCUCCAGCGGGACAGUUACUAUGUUUAUACCCAGCAGGAACUUAAAGAGAAACUGUAUCAAGAGAUCAUAUCCUAUUUUGACAAAGGCAAAAUGUGGGAGAAAGCCAUUAAACUGAGCAAAGAGUUGGCUGAGACCUACGAGAGCAAAGUAUUUGACUACGAGGGCCUGGGCAGUCUCCUGAAAAAAAGAGCCUCGUUUUAUGAGAACAUCAUUAAGGCCAUGAGGCCGCAGCCUGAAUACUUUGCAGUGGGGUACUAUGGACAGGGCUUCCCGUCCUUCCUGCGGAACAAAAUCUUCAUCUACCGGGGUAAGGAGUAUGAGAGGCGAGAAGACUUCAGCUUGAGGUUACUGACCCAGUUCCCCAACGCUGAGAAGAUGACCAGUACCACACCUCCAGGAGAGGACAUCAAGUCGUCCCCAAAGCAGUACCUGCAGUGCUUCACCGUGAAGCCCGUGAUGAGCUUGCCGCCCGGCUACAAGGACAAACCAGUUCCAGAGCAGAUCUUGAACUACUACAGAGCCAACGAAGUGCAGCAGUUCAGAUAUUCCCGGCCGUUCCGGAAAGGAGAAAAGGACCCGGAAAAUGAGUUUGCCACAAUGUGGAUUGAAAGGACCACAUACACAACAGCCUACACCUUCCCUGGGAUCCUCAAGUGGUUCGAAGUCAAACAGAUUUCAACCGAAGAAAUCAGCCCGUUGGAGAAUGCCAUCGAAACCAUGGAGCUGACCAAUGAGAGGGUCAGCAACUGUGUACAGCAACACGCCUGGGACCAGUCCCUCUCUGUGCACCCUCUCUCCAUGCUGCUUAGCGGCAUCGUGGACCCGGCUGUCAUGGGGGGGUUCUCCAACUAUGAGAAGGCUUUCUUUACGGAGAAGUACUUACAGGAACACCCUGAGGACCAGGAGAAGGUGGAACUGCUCAAGCGACUGAUCGCCUUACAAAUUCCUCUGCUCACGGAAGGGAUCCGCAUCCACGGGGAGAAACUGACGGAGCAACUCAAGCCGCUGCAUGACCGGCUGUCUUCGUGCUUCCGUGAGCUGAAGGAGAAAGUAGAGAAGCUCUAUGGGGUCAUAACACUGCCACCCAGCUUGACAGAGAGGAAGCCGAGCCGUGCAGGCUCAAUGGUACUGCCUUACAUCCUGUCCUCCACGCUGCGUAGGCUGUCUGUCACCUCAGUGGCCUCCUCGGUGGUCUCCACUUCCUCCAACUCUUCUGACAAUGCACCCUCCCGGCCAGGAUCUGAUGGGUCUAUCCUGGAGCCACUGUUUGAGCGCAGAGCUUCUUCAGGUGCUCGAGUUGAGGAUCUGCCAACCAAAGAAGAUGGCGAAAACCGGAUUAGCAAGUUCAAGAGAAAAGACUGGGGUCUGAGCAAGUCUCAAGUCAUUGCAGAGAAAGCGCCAGAACCUGAUACAAUGAGCCCGGGUAAGAAAACACAAAGGCCGAAGAGUCUGCAGCUGGUGGACAGUCGGCUGACACCCUUCCACAGUGCCUCGCCCCUGCAGCCCGCAGUCUUGAGCCCACCUCCACUCACUCCCAAAGCCACGAGGACCCUCAGCUCCCCAUCUUUGCAGACAGAUGGGCUGAAGGCUUCUGUCCCUCCUCCACCUCCCCCCAAAAGCAAGCCAUAUGAGAGCAGCCAGAGAAACUCAGCUGAGAUUGCACCUCCCCUGCCUGUCCGCAGAGAUGCCAAAGCCCCACCCCCACCGCCUCCAAAGGCUCGAAAGUCAAGCAUCCUCUCCUCUGAGCCAGGCCCUCAGUGAAGGUGUUACUCACGCUGGCUCCGCACCUCUGAGUGCCUUGGACCAAUGCAACCCGAGAAUGGCCCCCAGAAAGGGUGAGCUACCAUGCAGGACUCCCAGCCAGCACUGCUGUCUGCAACGAGACGAUUCUCCAGCCCGGAACUGUUUUGUCCGUCUGAAGGCCAUGUCACCUCUUCUUUAGCCCAUGGAACUUCUAGAAAUGGCCAUCUGUAUGCAAGACGUUCAAGCAAGUGCUCCCCUUUUUCCACGAUGGCAUGUUGGCCUCAAACACUGACUUGCUGGGUCUGUGGAUACCUCCGCCAGCUAUCCUGCAGUGACACAGCACUGGUAGAGAGGAGAACAGCCCAGCAACUGACUCCUGAGUGGAUUUCCAGUUUGCUUCUGAACUGCUGUGUUUAAGACUUCCUUCCUUCCUUCCUUCUCUCCUGUCUGCAUCCCUAACCUCCUGAAAGAGCCAGAUACCAAGGACAAUCUGGGAGCCGCCAUGGUUCUCUUUCCCUAAUGUCUACUGCCUCCUUUGAAGGAAAGAGCACCUGUGUGUAGCAGAGGUGGGGCCGCUGUCAGGUGAGGAAGGCAUCUCUGAGAUCCCGAGGACUCACAUCCUGGCACUCUCCUGACAAAAGGCCAGAGAGUCCCCCCACCAGGCAGCAAUCACAUGGUGCCUUGGGUUCCUUUGAAAGUCUUUUGCAGGCUCUCAUCCUCCUCUUUUCUCUAAGCUCAAACCCUGGGCUCUGAGGGACCUAGGAGCCAUGGUUCUUCCAGCUACAUUUCCAGGCCCUAUUGGCCCGAUGAGGUGGUCCCUGCCUGGUACUUGAUUUACCAUGGAGAACACAGUGCAAUAGUCCCUUUGAUUAUUUAUUCCUCUUGAUCAUAGAAUUAAUCUGAUUGCUUGCUAAUGGUACUAAUGUCCCUAUUCCUUUCAGAAGGAAAAAUUAGGGUGACUUGGAUGCCCAAGUAUUAUGUCUAUACAAAUGACCACAAGGUGUACAAAUGUUUUGAGUUAGAUGGGUUUUAAAAUUCACACACACACACACACACACACACACACACACUCACCUCAUUUUGUAGGUAAGAAACUUGGAGCUACACAUAGAAAGUAGACUACAGGCUUUUCUAACAGCCCAGCUUGCUCACAUAGGAUGUACCCAAGAUAACACAUAGAUCCAAAAGACACCUCUACAAAGUCCUGAGUGCCUAGCCCCCUGCUAGAAUGGUUUCUGAGAAAUUCCAGAUAGUUCUAUCAGACAUGGGUGUUGAUGGCAAAACUAAAAUCUCCUGUAUGGCUUGGGUCUACCCUGGGCAUUCUAGAAUUGGUCGGUGGCCUUGUCCUGAGUCUGUUCUUCCAGGUUCAAGGGCGCAGAGGGAUUUCAGCUGGGAGACUGCCCCUGCCCACCUGCUGCUCUCUUUGCAGAGCUCCUUUCUACACCGCCUUCCUUAAGAGAGAUGCACCUGGUUCAUCACCGGGAAUCAAGGAAGCAAAAGCCAGGGAUGUGCCUGGCACAGUACUAGAGAAGCUAGUGUGCCUGCCCUAGAAAUGCCAUGCGGACAAAUUGCCAUUCUUUACUUCUGUCAGGGAGCACCCACGUGCGAUCAUGGAAAACACACAGGCUCUGACAUUUUAAACUACUUCAGUCAGAAAUGCAAAGGUGUUGCCGUUAACGUCACAUUUGAAAUCCUCUGGGCGUUCACCUUCUCGGUUUCCAAAGUGGAGACAUUAUCUCCAUAUGGGCGCUUAUGGGGAACCAUUAAGAUGGAACGGGUCGUGCAGUCAGUGACUCUCUUUCCUCUCCUGGACCUGGGUAAGAUUUGAUUUUUCUUCAAGGUCUAUGAGCGUGAAUUCAGGUGUGCGUCUCUUCCUUGAAAGGUGGUGGCCUUGGGCACCAUUUGCAUGGAAGGGCUCUUAAGAGUUGAAGAUCAUUUGAAGGGAAAAGAUCCAGAGAAGCAGGAAGGUCCCAGAAAGAUGAUAGAAGCAGGAAGGUCCCAUGGAGCUUGGGGCAUCUGAGAAGAAGGAUUUGAAGAUGUCACUGUGCUUUGCAGGCUGCUGUGGAAACACAGAAGCUGGGUAGGAAAAGAAGAGCAAAUGCCCGGCCUGUUCUUGAAGAUUAGUAGAAGUGAGUCUUGAGUUUGGUCUCUGAGCAGAGUUGGACCUGUCAAUGCCCAGAGGUGCACCCUCCCUUCUCCCCUACUUUUUUUUUUAGUAAGGCAUUUUUUCCAUGAUUCCCUGUGCACAUUAAUGAAAAUAAUAGCUUUCUGCUGCCUUGACACACAGGAUUCUGGGUGAUGUUGUAGGUACCGAUUUACAGGGCACUGGGAGACUCACUUCUUUGGGAAGCUGUCUUAGGGUUUCCAUUGCUAUGAUUAGCUUGCAUCAAGUUGACAUAAAACUAGCCAGCGCAGAAGCCAGACUUCAUUUGAUUAAAAGAAAAAUCUUUAUCUGUCCUAAAGUUGAAGACUGCAAUGGUGUUAAAUAUAGAAGGGACAGGAAGCAGAGGGCAGGAAAAACCAGUUCUUACUGCCCUUGCUAACAUUCCUGGAGUGUUCAAAGGCCCUGAAAUCAGCCCUGAGAUUGUCACAGUCUUUAUGAAUGAAUGCUGAUUGGUGGCUUGUGAGUUCGUGGUAUUGUUAUAUUGCUUUUUUUUUCUUUCCCUCUCUUCCAUGGUAACUGCCUUGCUUUGAGACUGUUUUUGUUUUUUUAAAGAAAGAUUUCAUUCAAUACGCAGUUGCUGAAGGCCAGACACAGACACAAUACUUGCCCCUGGGCACACUUGAUAUAAACAACCUGCUAUGCAGUUCACUCCGGUAUGCUAUUGAAUCGGAAAGUCAGUGCUAGAUGAAGAGGAAAGCCCUAAAUAAGGCUGCUUGGCAAUGAGUGGCCUCCUCCCUCCACCUCCACCUCCACCCCUUGCUUGACUCCAGCCAGGGAUGCCCAUUAUACCCUUAGCCACACUGCAGAUCCCUUGGAUCAAACAAGGCGUCUUCCAAGAGCUCAGAUGGAAUGGUCACCACCCUUGUCACUGAUUCCCAAGCUGACUCUUUCCCUUCCAGUUACCCCCAGAUUAAGGGGCACGUUUUCAUUUUGCAAUUCAAAUGCAGCUUAUAUACAGUGAGCACACAAGUCACAGGAGUGCAGACAGACAUCCUUAGAUAGCUAGACACGCAUGUGACCUUUUCCCAGACAGACAUGGCGUCCCUAUCCCAGAAGGGGCUGAGUGUCAGUGUCACGAGUCUGUGACGUGUAGUUAGGAGGUCCUUCCCAGUGUGUGCCUUCACCCUUACCCUUCUCAGGUAAUAAUGGGAAGGGGAUAAGACCCACCCCAUCAACACAAGAUGGCAGAGAUAAUGUACCACAUCACAAGUCCAUUUCCUUGUCUCUUACAUAUUUGAUACUGUGUGGACUUGGCCAGGUUCUUUCUGUCAUGGCCUUCAUGAGUCUAAAGGAACAAAUGAAGCGAGACUUCUGCCCACAGGUUUUUGCUGUCUGAACUGGAAUCCACAUUUCUCAUCCUCCACUGGUGCUUAGAGCCUCCCAGGCCUGGCUGUUAUGGACAGAAGAUUUUAGUGAAUAUUAAUGAGUCUCCCAUCUAUUUUAGGUAUUGGUACAAACUGUCCUGAUCCUCUGCAGCCGCGGAUGGAUCAUAGUCUUCAGGGUCACCCACCUGGCCUACUGUGCCUAGACCUCCAGUCCCCUGUUAAGGAUCACACUUCCUUGGUGUGCACUUUGGGAAGUUGGCGCCUACUGCUUUCCUGGACAUUUUCAUUUCUCUCUACAUAUGUUACUUAGAAUUAAAUUGGAAGGGCUGCAGAUGUAGCUUGCUGGCUUAGCUCAUGCGAGGUCCUGGGUUCUAGUCUUGGCACAGCAGAAGCAGCAAAAAAUGGAAAAAGUGCAGCUUCUCUUUGGUUGGGUUCAGAGUCCAACCGUUAGUUGUUACCUGCGAGAGGAAUCGUUUUCCCUCUGGGAUAUUGACUUCUACUUGACUCUUCAGACCCUGCCGCGGUUGGUCUCCCACAUACAUGCCCAAGCUCAUCUCUUAGCCGCCUCUUAUGGGUUGGUCACCCAGAGUCCUGUCAAAAUUCCUCACCACGAUUUUAUAAAUAAUUGGAUUUCAUACACGGACAGUUAAGGAGAUGUGUGUUGAAGACUUUUGUUCAUAUUUGCUGUUAUUUAUUUUGUAAAUUAAAAAUGGAAAUGUAUUUUAAAGUUUA